AUGUCAGAGAGUGACGCGACUCCCGGCGGAGAAACUCCAGGCGCCAUAUUUUGUUUAUUUUGCGACAAACUCGACAACUUGAUCGCAGAUCCGGAGCCAUUCACCUACCUCGCUGUAAAGCAGGUGGCGCACGAACGACAGGACGCUGUCCGCGACAAGUUCCUCCGUCUGUACCAGGAAGCGCUCACUAAACAACGCUUCUCGUGGCAUCACACCUGUGUGAUCACUUACAUCUGCCACAAAUAUAUCCAUGCACAAGCAGCAGCGGCAUCGGGUGCACUCCAACAAGAGAUGAAAGACAUCCAAACUACAAGUGAUGAUCCUGAGCGACUGAAAGAUUGUUUCUUCUGUGAAUCAACACUGAGGCCGGAUCAACUGAAGUUUGACUCGCCGCAAGAUUUCCUGGACAAAGGUAUACGCUACCACAAAGGUUGCUACUUGGACUAUGUGAGACUGCCGAAAUGCUGCGUGACUAAGCCACCAGAAGUACCAGAUUCUAUUAUGUUCAAGGCUUUGGCGCAGCUGCUUGAAGAGAUAGACAGCAAGCUGCCGAAGUGUUGCAUGGCGCUGUCGUACUUGGCGAGGCGUCUGCAGGCUCUGACGGGGAUGAGGACUGCGGACGUGGACACGGAAUGUGUGACGGGGCUGCUGACCGCUCGGUACGGAGAGAGGAUCAUGUUCUCCUACCCGGCAGGACUGAACUCAUGCGUGGUGUUCCUGAGCAGGGUGCCGCUCAGCCAGGCCAUGCGACGUCUGCGUUAA